GGCCCAUAGAUCCAUCACGACUCCAAAUUGAUCCAAAUCCCUUACACACGCUAAAAGAUCGGGCUUUUCUGUUUGGAAGGCAGGAGGAUGGGAGGCGACGGUGGAGGUGUGCAAGACAGGCCAACCAUGACCUUCAGCUGCUUGACCCUUCACCCUGGACGCUCCUACAACUCCCUGACCGACAUCACCGACAAGUACAACAUCGGGCAGCAGCUGCGAGCGAAGGAGUUCUGUGAGAUAUGCCUGGCCAAGGAGAGAGCCACGGACAAACUCUUCACCUGUAAGAAGUUCCGGAAAAGAGAUGGCCGCAGAGUGAGGAGGGCAGCGAAGAACGAGAUCGGCAUCCUGAAGAUGUUGAAGCACCCUAAUGUCCUGCAGCUCAUCGAUACGUUUCAGACCCGGGACGAGUAUUUCAUCAUCCAGGAACUAGCCACCGGGGGUGACCUCUUCGACUGGAUCCUGGAGCAGGGCUCCUACACGGAGAGGCACGCCAGUGACGUUAUCCGGCAGCUCCUGGAGAUCGUGUCAUACCUACACGGAUUACGGAUUGUUCACAGGAACAUCAAGCUGGAGAAUGUGAUGUAUCACAGCACCAAGAACCCGUCGAAGGUUGUGAUCGGUGACUUCCACCUCGCCUGCUUCGAGAGCAGCUCUCUCACUGACCCGUGUGGGACCCCGGAGUACCUGGCUCCAGAGGUGGUGGCGCGUCAGCGGUACGGACGUCCCGUGGACUGCUGGGCAGUGGGCGUCAUCAUGUACAUCCUGCUGUCCGGGAACCCUCCCUUUUAUGACGAUUUGGACGACGAGGAGCACGACCGGGCGAUAUUCCGCAAGAUCCUGGACGGAGACUUCGACUUUGAUGCGCCGUACUGGGAGGACAUUUCGGCAGCCGCCAAGGAACUGGUGUGCCAGCUGAUGGAGGUGGACCAGGAGGUGAGGAUCACUGCCACUCAGGCCCUGGACCACAACUGGAUCGCUGGGAACGCAGCUCUGGAGAAGAACCUGCAGCUCGGCGUCUGCACCCAAAUUAAGAAAAACUUCGCCAAAGCCAAGUGGAAGAAGGCAAUCCGUGCCACCACGAUGAUGCACCGUCUUCGAACUGCAGAGCAGAACCACCCGUCUGGCAGAGACUCUCCCCACCGGGACCCAGAGCAGGUCGACCAAGGGGUGCAGGGGACUCUGCAGACUCCCUCGCCCCCACCCUCACUGCAAGAACAGGGAGAUCCCACACAGAGGGCAGACACUCAAGCAGAAAGGACGGUGCAAGGCGACUGAGCACCUG